AUGAAUGUGUCUGCUUCUUAUGAGCCUCAAUUUUACCAUCAAGCUAUUGCUUAUUCCCAUUGGCGUGAUGCUAUGGAAGCUGAACUUCAAGCUAUGAUGGACAAUAACACUUGGACCGUUGUCCCUUUGCCACCUAAUCGCACUGAUGACUCCUUUGUUGCACUACUUGUGUAUUUUGACGACAUCAUUCUUACCGGGACUAGUUUGUUUCUUCUUCAGCAAUUGCAGAACUUAUUGAAUGCUUGUUUUCGGCUUAAAGAACUUGGUACUUUAAAGUUCUUUCUUGGUCUCGAGAUUGCUAGAACUUCCAAAGGCAUUUGUUUGUCACAGAGGCACUACACUUUAACUCCUUUGGAGGAUGCAGGCCUUCUUCGUUGUCGCCCUACUUCUGUUCAUAUGGAUCCCUUAGUACGACUUCGUGCUAAUGACAGUAAACCUCUUUUAGAUCCCUCGGCUUAUAGACGUCUUGUGGGACGUUUGUUGUAUCUCACCAUAUCUCGGUCGGAUAUUACAUUUGUUGUUCAUCGGCUUAGUCAAUUUAUUUCUCAGUCAUGUAAGUUACAUCUCACUGCUGCUACUUAUUUGCUUCGUUACCUCAAGACAUCUCUAGGACAGGGUGUUUUUCUUUUUGUUUCUUGUUCAUAUCAGCUUCGUGCUUUUGCUGAUGCAGAUUGA